AUUUAUUUUAAUAUUCUACCUUUACUAGCUACUCGGGCGAUUCUCGAUAUUAAUUAUAUAGUAUUAAUAUAUAGUAUUAAUAUAUACUCCUACUAUCUUAAUAAACUAUUUUUUUUAAUUUUCUUUAACUUUCCCUCUUAUAAAGUUUAUAACUACGGAUUAUUAACGGCGAUAUUAAGUACCCGACGCUACUACUUUAUAAGCCUACUACGUACUUAG